ACAGGCUAGAGCCACCGCGCCCGGCCGAUUUCCUUCCCUUUUCAAGAGCUAUGUUGGUGGUGUAUGUCAAACUAAAGGAGGUAACAGAAUGGACUCUUGGGACAAAUAUGAUUUCGUUGGAGUUUCCACUCCCAUCUUGAACUAGUGGUAUAAUCUACGAAAGCAGUUCUCAAAGUGUGGACAGAUGACCCGCGGGGAUCUCCUUGUACCCUUUCAGGGGAGCCUCAAGGUCAUAACUAUUUUCAAAAUAAUAGAUGACAUUUUUUUUCAGACACACUGAUGGUUCGAAGCAAUGCUGGAUAAAACUCCUGGUAGUACCUUAGCACAAAGCAAGUCAGUGGCACCAAACUACUUACUUGAGAAUGCCCUUGAAGCAGUAUGUACUGGCAGUAAAUUGAAAACGUUAGAUACCAAAUUCUUCAUUUCUGGAUUCUUCAUCUUCAUUUCUGGACUUUACAGCUAUGAAAGAACAAGACAGAGGAAUUCAGAGCUUCAAGAACCAACAUGGCGGACACCGAUCUGUUCAUGGAAUGUGAGGAGGAGGAGUUGGAGCCAUGGCAGAAAAUCAGUGAUGUCAUUGAGGACUCUGUAGUUGAAGAUUAUAAUUCAGUGGAUAAAACUACCACAGUUUCUGUGAGCCAGCAGCCAGUCUCGGCUCCAGUGCCCAUCGCUGCCCAUGCUUCUGUUGCUGGGCACCUCUCUACAUCCACCACCGUUAGUAGCAGCGGGGCACAGAACAGCGACAGUACAAAGAAGACUCUUGUCACACUAAUUGCCAACAACAAUGCUGGCAACCCUCUGGUCCAGCAAGGUGGACAGCCGCUCAUCCUGACCCAGAAUCCAGCCCCAGGUCUGGGCACAAUGGUUACUCAACCAGUAUUGAGGCCUGUUCAGGUCAUGCAGAAUGCCAACCAUGUGACUAGUUCCCCUGUGGCCUCACAACCAAUAUUUAUCACUACGCAGGGAUUUCCUGUAAGGAAUGUCCGGCCUGUACAAAAUGCAAUGAAUCAGGUUGGGAUUGUGCUGAACGUACAGCAAGGCCAAACGGUUAGACCAAUUACACUAGUCCCAGCCCCAGGUACCCAGUUCGUUAAGCCGACAGUUGGAGUUCCGCAAGUGUUCUCUCAGAUGACCCCUGUGAGGCCAGGCUCCACAAUGCCUGUGAGGCCCACCACCAACACCUUCACCACCGUCAUCCCGGCCACUCUCACCAUUCGAAGCACCGUUCCACAGUCCCAGUCCCAGCAGACCAAGUCCACUCCCAGCACUUCCACCACUCCCACUGCCACACAGCCAACCUCACUGGGGCAGCUAGCUGUUCAAUCUCCAGGCCAGUCAAACCAGACCACGAAUCCCAAGCUAGCUCCCUCCUUCCCCUCUCCACCUGCAGUGAGCAUUGCCAGCUUUGUCACUGUGAAGCGACCUGGCGUUACCGGUGAAAAUAGCAAUGAAGUGGCCAAAUUGGUGAAUACCCUUAACACCAUCCCUUCCUUGGGCCAGAGUCCUGGGCCAGUGGUGGUAUCCAACAACAGCUCUGCUCAUGGCUCUCAAAGAACCAGUGGACCUGAAUCUUCAAUGAAAGUGACCUCUUCCAUACCAGUAUUUGACCUCCAGGAUGGUGGACGGAAAAUAUGUCCACGAUGUAAUGCUCAAUUUCGUGUUACUGAAGCUUUGAGAGGUCACAUGUGUUACUGUUGCCCAGAAAUGGUUGAAUACCAGAAGAAAGGAAAGUCCCUGGAUUCAGAACCCAGUGUCCCAUCAGCAGCAAAGCCCCCAUCCCCUGAGAAAACAGCUCCUGUUGCUUCCACACCCUCUUCUACACCUAUUCCUGCUCUGUCACCACCUACCAAAGUACCAGAGCCAAAUGAGAACGUGGGUGAUGCCGUCCAGACCAAACUCAUUAUGCUUGUAGAUGACUUCUACUAUGGACGGGAUGGUGGCAAAGUAGCCCAGCUCACAAAUUUCCCUAAGGUCGCCACAUCUUUCCGAUGCCCUCAUUGUACCAAAAGGCUAAAAAACAAUAUUCGAUUCAUGAACCAUAUGAAACACCAUGUAGAACUCGAUCAGCAGAACGGCGAGGUAGAUGGUCACACUAUCUGCCAGCACUGUUACCGCCAGUUUUCCACUCCCUUCCAGCUUCAGUGCCACUUGGAAAAUGUUCAUAGUCCCUAUGAAUCUACUACCAAGUGCAAGAUCUGUGAGUGGGCGUUUGAAAGUGAGCCACUAUUUCUCCAGCAUAUGAAGGAUACUCAUAAGCCUGGAGAGAUGCCUUAUGUUUGCCAGGUGUGUCAAUACCGCUCCUCACUCUACUCUGAGGUAGAUGUUCAUUUUCGGAUGAUUCAUGAGGAUACCCGGCAUCUGCUCUGCCCUUAUUGCCUGAAGGUCUUCAAAAAUGGCAAUGCAUUCCAACAGCAUUACAUGAGGCACCAGAAGAGAAAUGUUUAUCACUGCAACAAAUGCCGGCUGCAGUUUCUCUUUGCCAAGGACAAAAUUGAACACAAGCUUCAACACCAUAAAACCUUCCGUAAACCCAAGCAGCUGGAGGGCUUGAAACCAGGCACCAAGGUGACAAUCCGGGCUUCCCGAGGGCAGCCAAGAACUGUUCCUGUAUCCUCUAAUGAUACACCUCCCAGCGCCUUGCAGGAGGCAGCACCACUGGCCUCCUCAACGGACCCUCUGCCUGUCUUCCUUUAUCCCCCUGUCCAGCGCAGCAUCCAGAAGAGAGCUGUCAGGAAAAUGAGUGUCAUGGGCCGGCAGACAUGCCUGGAGUGCAGCUUCGAGAUUCCAGACUUCCCUAAUCAUUUCCCUACUUACGUGCACUGCUCUCUGUGUCGCUAUAGCACCUGCUGCUCUCGAGCUUAUGCCAACCACAUGAUCAACAAUCAUGUUCCACGGAAAAGCCCCAAGUAUUUGGCUUUGUUUAAAAAUUCUGUGAGUGGAAUCAAGCUGGCCUGUACUUCGUGUACCUUUGUUACCUCUGUGGGCGAUGCUAUGGCCAAGCAUUUGGUAUUCAACCCCUCUCACAGAUCCAGCAGCAUCCUGCCACGGGGACUCACUUGGAUAGCUCACUCAAGGCAUGGCCAGACUCGUGACCGCGUGCAUGACCGGAACGUGAAGAAUAUGCACCCGCCUCCUUCCUUCCCCACUAACAAAGCUGCCGCUGUGAAGUCUGUGGGGGCUGCCCCAGCCGAGCCUGAAGAGCCACCAACUCCCUUGGCCCCAGCACUCCCAUCGCCAGCCUCAACUGCGACCCCACCACCAACCCCGACUCACUCACAGCCUUCAGCCCUUCCACCCUUAGCUACAGAAGGAGCCGAAUGUCUGAAUGUUGAUGAUCAGGACGGAGGGAGCCCAGUCACCCAGGAACCUGAGCCAGCAUCAGGCGGUGGUGGUAGUGGUGGAGUUGGCAAAAAGGAGCAGUUGUCUGUGAAGAAGCUUCGAGUAGUACUGUUUGCUCUAUGCUGCAAUACAGAACAGGCAGCUGAACACUUCCGAAAUCCCCAGCGACGUAUUCGGCGUUGGCUUCGACGUUUCCAGGCCUCCCAGGGGGAGAAUCUAGAGGGCAAAUAUCUGAGCUUUGAGGCAGAAGAGAAACUGGCUGAGUGGGUGCUAACUCAGCGAGAACAACAGCUACCUGUAAAUGAGGAGACCUUGUUCCAGAAGGCCACCAAGAUAGGACGUUCUUUGGAAGGGGGGUUUAAGAUCUCCUAUGAGUGGGCUGUGCGUUUCAUGCUGCGGCACCACCUGACUCCCCAUGCCCGGCGGGCUGUGGCCCACACCCUACCUAAGGACGUGGCAGAGAAUGCAGGACUCUUCAUUGAAUUUGUGCAACGGCAGAUUCACAACCAGGACUUACCCUUGUCUAUGAUUGUGGCUAUCGAUGAGAUCUCCUUGUUCUUGGAUACAGAGGUGCUGAGCAGUGACGACCGAAAGGAGAAUGCCCUGCAGACAGUGGGCACAGGGGAACCUUGGUGUGAUGUAGUCCUGGCCAUUCUGGCAGAUGGCACUGUCCUGCCCACCCUGGUUUUCUACAGAGGGCAGAUGGAUCAGCCUGCUAAUAUGCCAGACUCCAUUUUGCUAGAGGCAAAGGAGAGUGGUUACAGUGAUGAUGAGAUCAUGGAGCUAUGGUCAACUCGAGUGUGGCAGAAGCACACAGCUUGCCAGCGCAGCAAAGGCAUGCUUGUGAUGGACUGUCAUCGUGCUCACUUGUCAGAAGAGGUGCUGGCUAUGCUUAGUGCCUCUAGCACUUUGCCUGCAGUGGUCCCAGCAGGCUGUAGCUCCAAAAUCCAGCCAUUAGAUGUAUGCAUCAAAAGAACUGUCAAGAACUUCCUGCAUAAAAAAUGGAAGGAGCAGGCUCGGGAAAUGGCAGAUACUGCAUGUGAUUCUGAUGUCCUGCUUCAGCUGGUGCUUGUCUGGCUGGGUGAAGUGCUAGGUGUCAUUGGGGACUGUCCAGAGCUAGUUCAGCGCUCCUUCCUGGUGGCUAGUGUUCUUCCUGGCCCCGAUGGCAACAUUAACUCACCUACAAGAAAUGCUGACAUGCAGGAGGAGUUAAUUGCCUCCCUAGAGGAGCAGCUGAAGCUGAGUGGGGAACAUUCUGAGUCUUCCACUCCACGACCCAGAUCAUCUCCUGAAGAGACAAUUGAGCCUGAAAGCCUUCACCAGCUCUUUGAGGGUGAAAGUGAGACCGAAUCUUUCUAUGGCUUUGAAGAAGCUGACCUAGAUCUGAUGGAGAUUUGAGUGUUGGGUCAUGAUGGGGUAUGGAGUAGGGGUGGGAACGUGUGAGGGAGGGUAAAGGGGUUUUGGGGAAAGGGGGCAUACCAGGUGGGGUAUUUGGUUUAUAUUUUAUAAUUUUACACCACCACUUGCCCCUGAUGUUGACUUACACUUCCCUGUGGAUUUGUUAAUUAGGAAAACCAAUAGUGAUCACAUCUGAGCCAAGGAGCUGGCCCAUUGGUCAUUUAUUUCUGCUAAAAACAGGUUUUUGUGACUUUUUUUUUAAAUUUAAAUCACUGUGUUUGGUAUUUUUCUGACAAAAUUAAGAAAAAGAAAAAAAAUUAUUUGUGGGCGAAUGUUCAAUUUUUUUGUUUCCCUUUACCUCAAUUGUAUCAUAGUACUUCUGGGUUGUUUGUUUGUUUUACUGUGUGGCCAAUGUCUUUGGGCAUGAUGCUAUCUAAUCAUUGUCAAUGUGAGAACAUUUCUGAAGAUGGGAAAGACAAAUUAUGUAGCUCACAAACUGGUUUAUUAUAUAUAUGGAUAAAAAACUUUUUUCAUUGUGGUCUUAACACUUUUAUAUAAAAAUGAAAAUGGAAAAAAAAAUCCCACUGAACUCUCUCCUUUUCUUUCCUUCCCUCUCCAGAGAUGUUGGUUUCUACAGCAACCCUAGAUAGAAAAUUGUGGCUUUAAAAAUGCAUGAAACCACAUUUAAUUAUCCAGAAUGACUAGAUUUGUCUUUUCCUCACCACCUUCCCUUCAAAACAUGACAUAAACAAUAUUUUUUGCACUUGUGAUCCUUAGCCCCUUUCCCCAUUCUCACACCAUCCAUCACUCUGGACAAAGGAUCAUACAGGUGUUGAUUAACAAGCAAGAGGUACUGAGGGUGAUGAAACAGUUUUAGGGUGGAAGCCAUUCCCAGUUUGAGUGUUCAUCCUGCAAGCCCCCAGGGGCAGUCCCUGCUUUAUUGUACUUCAUCCUGUCAAAUGGGGAGCAUGCCUAUCUAAGGGAUCACUGGUCCUACAACCAGGAGCUAAUCGUUCAAGAAGUUGUGUUGGACUUUGAAAAGACAAGACCACUUGUUGAAAUCCAGUGUACUCUGUGGCUUUCCCCGAUUUCUCUUAAUGCUUAGAGAAGAAUCUAACAGGAAGAAGCUGCACACGGGUGUGCACCAAGAAAAUGACAUCAAUUUUAUUUUUCACUGCCAGCAUCAAGGAAAGAAAAUUUUUUCUACAGUUUGCAUGAGGGAUUUUUUUUAUUGUAUGUACUCAUGGUUAUAAACCAAAAUGUACUGUACCAUACAGAGAAAAAGGAGCAAAAAAACAAGUGUUCUGUUUAUCCUGAGGCUUUCAGCAUUGUUCCCCUCCUGUGAGCCAAGGAGGCAACCUGCACAAGCUUGUAAAUGGUUCGUCUUUAAAAUGUACAUAAGUGGAACAUUUAAUAAAAUGAGGGGAAAUGGAUUUAUAAACUUGUUUUUUUUCUAGGUGACCCUGUUUAAUAGGCUUUCACAGACUGGGGGAUGCUCAAGAUGUAAUGGGCCUGGUGGUGCAGGUGUGACAUUUGUUACCACCCAUUUCUCCCACCCCACCCUGCUUUUUUUGUUUUUCGCUCCCCUCUCCCCGCCCGCCCCCCCAGCACACUAUAAUAUAGUGAACUGGAAAAGUCCCUUCCAGAAGCAGCUUGGCCAGCUUUGUGAAUCCCUGACAUCUGAAAACAACCAAGGAUCCAUCUGGGCUUCUCUUCCCCAGCUUUUUGCCUGAUGCCAUUUUAUUGACAGACUGUGGACUUUGAAGUCAGCGUUUGCCUUUGAGAAAGUUCAAGAACUAUGAUUUGGUCACUUUUAUCUACAACAACCUAAUCCUAAUCUGGUAGUCUCUGCAGCAGCCACAGCCUUAGCAGAGCUGGGGUUCCUGUCCUCUGCACACGAUUGACUUUCUUGAUGGGUAAUUUUUUUUAAGAUCUUAACAGUGGAUCAGCUGGGUUUUGGCCAGGAAGUUGUCUUUGUGGACUCUGCCUGCAUGGCUUAGUAGUAGAAGGAAACUUUUGUUUUGUUUUGUUUUUUAUAAUUCAGUUUAAUCAAUAAACAUGUAUUUAUUGACUAUU